ACUUUCUCAAAUUUGAGAUAAAGUUGACUAGUAGUCUUGGAACCAAGCCCUUAGGUGUGGCUGGGAUGGAAAAGAAUCCUUCAUGGACUCUCCAUUGGUCCCCAGACUUUUUUACUUAGCCAGGAUGUCUUCAGUUUAUGUGCCCUGGAGAAUUACUGUAAACAUGGAUCCUCCCUUAUGUUUCGCCUCCUAAGCCUCUGAAUGUGAAGUCCCUGCCUUACUAGAGGUACUUCAUUGAAUAAGGCAAGAAUGUGGUGGAAUGCCCUUUCACUGACAUAAGAAUGGUUUGGAUCCUAAUCAUACAGGGAAUGGGCUUUGUAAACCCAUUGAUCAAGAUACAAGAUCAGUGACAUGUCAUUUCUUUUUGUGCAGUAGAGAUGCAGAUCAUUUUUUCCCCUGGGCUGUGGUCUGUUUUACUGUUGAACAUGUGCCACUCUUUGGUCUAACUUUGUAAUUGUUAAAUUUCCAAUAGUGAUCCAGCUCUUCAUGUGCUGAACCUUCAUUAAGUGAUCCAAAUGAAACUGGAUAUAUUUUUUAAAUUUUAUGAAUAGUAACUGUGAUUUAUUUAUGAAUUUUUUUAAAUCACAAAAUUCUUUCAAAGGAUUUUAAUUGAGCAAAAUAGUGCAUUAGAUUGAGCCACAUGAAAUUAUUGUUUUUGUGGCCCCCAAAUGUUAAAUAUCAGCAAAUUCAUGUGGUUCCAUAAUGUUUAUGGAGGAAUGCUAUAUAAUACUUACUGCUUUUGGCACAGUGAAUUUUAAAAAUUUCAGUAUGUAUGCCCUUCAAGUGAAAUUAGCAAAUUCUGUGUCAUCUUAUAAACAGCUGGAUUUUAUGUCAUUGUAGCAAAUAAAAAUGUGUCAAGUAAACGAAGGUGGCUGGGUAUUUCUUGGUGAAUUUAGAAGUGUCUGAAAUACACUUCUGUGUGUUUCACAGCGUUUUUCUGGGUUGAUUGUCAGUUGUUGUUUUUAAAUCUGUGUUUUUUCUCCUAUGAGUUAUGAAAAAUAUAUAAGCUUUAUGCCUACUUUGGUUACUUAGAAACCUUGGACAGAACAAUAAUUUAAAAGUAGCCCCAUAAGAAAUAGCCAUGUAACUUUUAAUGCUAAUGAGAUGUAUUUUUUGCCAGAGCCCAACUCGACUUUUAUGUAAAAAUAAGAAACAAGAACAUUGAGAUGAUUUAUUACAGGAAGAGUUUUUAUAGGGUUUGGUUUCAGUGAGCUCGUCUGUGACAAAGCAAAUUGAUGGCAGUGAUAGCUAGUGAGGUCACUGUGAUGUCAGUACUCCUACUUACCCUGCACAUGCUUGCUGGUUUGGAACACUUUAUGUGGUCCUGUGAUAGGGGAAGCAAGACAGUUCUGUAUGCAGAAGCCCAUCAUGGCUGUAACUGGAGACGAAACAGAUGAGGAAACUGAACUUGCCCCAAGUCACAUAUCUGCCACCACUGGUGACAUGCCGACUUACCAGAUCCGAGCUCCAACUACUGCUUUGCCACAGGGAGUAGUGAUGGCUGCCUCGCCGGGAAGCCUGCACAGUCCCCAGCAACUAGCAGAGGAAGCAACACGCAAACGAGAGCUGAGGCUAAUGAAAAAUAGGGAAGCUGCUAAAGAAUGUCGACGUCGAAAGAAAGAAUAUGUCAAAUGUCUGGAGAGUCGAGUUGCAGUGCUGGAAGUUCAGAACAAGAAGCUCAUAGAGGAACUGGAAACCUUGAAAGACAUUUACUCUCCUAAAACAGAUUAGUAGAAAUAUUAAACUAUGAACUGAUUGCAAUAUGUACAGUUGCUUUUGAAGGCAAUACAAUAUAAAGCCAGCAAGAAUUAUGGCUUUUUUUUUCCCUUUAUCAUUCAUCGUAUUUUCUAAUCUCUAACAUUCCCAAACUGCUUCACUGUACGUAGUUAACUCUUAGCUGUAACUUCAAUUUUUUAAAAGAGGCAAACUGUAAAAAAAAAAAAAUUCUUAAAAUGCAACAUUUGUAAGGCUUGUUCCAGUGCCACAUAUUUGCAGUUCCCGAUCUCUGUGUCAUGAACAGUGUCCUAUGCAAUAAAAAUUUUUUGCAGGUCUUUAAAAAUCAUUUUAGGAAAGGAUGAUCAAAGAUAAUGCAUCCAGCAGUACAAUAAAAGUAAACCACAAAAAAUACCUCAGGAAAGAACUGAAAGAAAGAAAGAAUUGAAAGAAUCUAAUGACAUGCCUAUGUGAAAAUAAUAGCCUAUAAAUGAAUUUAUGGCAUUUGCAGAUUUUUAUAUUGGUUGCUUUGUAAAGAAAAUAUUGUAUUGCUGUCCUUGAAUGCCAUAGUUGAAGAGAGUUUUUAAUAGAACCAUGUUGGUUACACUUUGUAGUGUUUGGUGCUCAUUUAACUAUCUGAACAUAUACUACAGUUUUUACUCUUGUGUAACAUAAAAGAUCUUGCAGAAGUU